AAAUAAUUAGCCUACUCUAAUAAGUCUUAAGCCAAUUAAUCAUAAACGUUAUCUUCUUUGUUAAAACUUAAAACCGUAAUAAUACGUUAGCUAAUACACAUUUAAUCAACCAAAAUAAUUAUUCGUCCUUUACUCGAUAGACUGCUUUGGGACACAGAGGAUCCGAUCCAUCCUCUCUCCCACGCGUCUCAAAACCUAGAUCCCAAUUCCCUCCAUUGAAGCUCUUUGCAAGGGACCAUCGUGGUUUAGGGUUUCUCAGGUUCAAGUCGCAAAGUACGAGGCUUUGGGGACUCUGAAAGGAACUCUUUUGUAAUAUUCAUGGAGACUCUAUGGACUCUCUUGUAUCUGCUUGAACCCGCACCAGCUACUCUCAUCGUGACAGCUGUCACUGUGACAUUUGCGUCUGCUUUCCGUGCGCUUAACUAUGGCAAAGAGAUGGAGAGAAACCGUGACUUCUCCGAAGCAUCCAUUACACUUGACACCUCUCAGGCCUUGAUGAUCCCAGUCAUGAGCUCCUGCAGUCUGCUUCUCAUGUUCUACUUGUUCUCCUCCGUCUCUCAGCUCCUCACCGCGUUUACAGCCAUCGCCUCUGUUUCUUCUCUCUUCUUUUGGCUAUCGCCUCAUGCGAUGUACGUCAAGUCGCGGCUCGGUCUCUCUGAUCCCUUUCUUUCACGCUGCUGCUCGAAAUCUUUUACAAGGAUGCAAGGGCUGCUGCUUGUGGCCUGUGCAAUGACAGUCGUGGCGUGGCUCGUCUCUGGGCAUUGGGUGCUGAACAAUUUGCUUGGGAUCUCCAUUUGUAUUGCGUUCGUCAGCCAUGUUCGUCUUCCUAAUAUCAAGAUAUGCGCUAUGCUCCUCGUGUGUCUCUUUGUCUAUGACAUAUUCUGGGUUUUCUUCUCUGAGAGAUUCUUUGGCGCUAACGUUAUGGUGGCCGUGGCUACACAGCAAGCGUCGAACCCGGUUCAUACAGUAGCCAACAGUUUGAAUCUUCCUGGACUGCAGUUGAUCACAAAGAAGCUGGAGCUGCCUGUGAAAAUAGUGUUUCCAAGGAACUUACUAGGCGGUGUUGUGCCCGGUGUGAGUGCCUCAGAUUUCAUGAUGCUUGGUCUUGGUGACAUGGCUAUUCCUGCGAUGCUUUUGGCUUUGGUGCUCUGCUUUGACCAUCGGAAAACUAGAGAUGUGGUGAAUCUAUUUGAUCUAAAAUCUUCCAAGGGACAUAAAUACAUAUGGUAUGCACUUCCAGGGUACGCCAUUGGCUUGGUCUCGGCUCUUGCUGCAGGUGUCUUGACCCACUCACCUCAGCCAGCUCUACUUUAUCUGGUACCAUCUACGUUAGGACCUGUGAUCUUCAUGUCAUGGCGGAGAAAGGAUCUUGCGGAGCUGUGGGAAGGACCAGCGUUAUCCAAUCCCAUUGAGAAGUCUCAUGAAAUUGAGAUCUGAGUUUAUUUAUAUCAAUCAAAAUAGCUCAGAAACAUCAAAACUAAAACACAAGGACGUUUAGUAGGAAAUGGUCACCAAAGAGAGAUGUCUGUCUUUGGCAGUAAGUAUUAAAUCUCAUUUUAUUGCAUACAACCAAAAUAUUCAAGGAAGGAUAAUAUACAUUUAAAUUUAUUCCCUUCCUUUUAGAGAGAGAGGACUUGAUGACUUUUGUCUAAUGUUAGGAUAAAUAUAUAUAUAUAACUCAAAAAUUUAUACAUUAUCCUAACAUUUGGAAAUUAAGCACUGUUUUUCAAACUUCG